UCGCAGAGAAUAGAGAUCAGUGAGCAGUGAGCUGGGUUUCCGUCGACAGGGUUUUUAUUUCGUCCAGAUUGAGUGGUUCCCUUUUUGUGUGACCGUAUUUUCUUGGAGCAGUAACUAGCCAGGGCGAAGAAUAUCCUACCGAAACGAUAUUUUAGUCCACUGGAAUAAUUACUUUUCGGUAGACAUAAUACGGAAUAGCAGAAGCCGACGAGAACUAUUCAAUAAUAGUGCACUUUGAAACCUGAAGAAGGGGCCGUAAUUAGUGCAGAUUUGCAACUUAUUUUCAUUUGGUUGAUUAUUUUGAAUAAGAUUUCCGUGAUAUAUAAUUCGCAUUAAAAAUCAUUUCGGUUAUAAAAGAAUAAAAACGUCAGAAACCCUUAGUGCGAAAAUGUCUAUCAGCUGCAAGUGCUUAAAUAUUAUUGUGAAGUUGAUUGGAUCGGAUACCAAAUCUCUACGCCGGUUUGACCUGGAAUUAUAUUUGUCUAAGAAGCGACCACAACAGCAGCAAGAUUUGACCACAAAGGCGACGAUACCGAGCGACGACCAUUUUCUAUUUUUCAAAGAGGCGCUAGGUCCGAUUCGUUGUGCAACUGAUAUUCAAUUCGAUAGCCUGCUGCGCAAGGUACGCAUUUUCGAAGAAUGGGACCUCAUUCAGUGUCGAAACUGCGAGUGUACCGUGUCAGCCCAAAACAUCAACGAAUGCAUCUCCGAUUUCACAUCCUGCUGUCUGGUCAAUGCCUCUUUGAUGAUAACACAAAAGCAACUGAAUGCCCGCCGAAGCGACGAAAACUACUCCCCUGCAUUUGGUAUCCUUCUGAACGGAUCCAGCCUUAGCUACAGCGACCUGGUUGAUAAGAGCAAGCUGCUCAACAAUACGAAAAGUGAUAAUCAGUUUGUGCGUCUGCUUCGGUCCUACAUGGAGCGGGAGACGGAAGCAGCCAAUGAGCAGAUUCACCGCUUCACUGAACAGCAAUUUGCUGUGCUUAAAGUGAAGCGGGAACGUGCCGAACAGGAUUGUCUGAUCUUGGCAAAACUAUCAAACAACGUACCUGAGCUACUUCAACACAUCAAUAGUAGUAGUAGUAAUAAUAGUACAGUGACAGUUCAGUCGACAACAACGACGAAUUCUACCGAACGUGCAACGAAUGUUCGUAAUAGUGUAAGUCCAAUGGCAACUACCGGGACGAAUGAAUCAAGCGCCGGUAGUCAGUUGGAAACACCUCCACCAACACCCGAAUAUUUGCCAAUGUCCACCGGUCACAGUCCACCACUGGUUACCGCUACCAGUGGUAACAGUCGGCAACAAGUGAACGCGGUUGUCGGUGCAUCAUCAACUUCAUCCUCAGUAUCAACUGCUGAUCAAUCAUCAUCCCCUUCGCCUGGCGUGAGACUGAAUGCCUCUACAAGAGCGCAAAAUAAAGCAAAUUUUAGCAUCUAUAAUAACAGCAACAACAACAAUAAUAUCGUUAGCUUUAGCAAUACUCAUGGUGCCAUCAACAGACAGCAGCCAACACUAAUGAUGAUGCAGAUGACAGCAACCAUGGCAGCAUCGGUUACACCGCAACAACAUUCCAGUACACAUUCUCAGAAAAUGCAGCAUCAACGGUUGAUUGAUACCAACCCGUUCGAAUCUGAUUGCAUGUUUGAUAUCGAUGGAAUGGAAAAUGACAAAUCAACGCUUUCGAAUAACUUUUCGGAUGAGGAAGACCUUGGAUUCGAUGCAGAUUCCGUCGGGAACAAUAAUGAUGAUGGUAUCUACAUACCAUCAAGACAACUGGGCCGUCAGAAUAGUUCGAUUGCGAAAAGUCUUCCAAUCUCAAUGCCCCAAGCAAUGACACAGUUCAGAGUGAACGAAGAAGAUUUUGAAGAGAUGUCCGAGGAUAAUGUGGACAUCGCUGCCAGCAUCAAAGCACUGGCGAGAAGCGUCCAUGGAGAUACGGUUUUCGGUGAUUUGCCGCGUCCUCAAAUUCAACGAUUCAGCACACAAAUCUAAGCUGUGCACCGAACUGUAUCGAGUACAAUGUCGAACCAUCAACAAUCGAGGCAUACCACAAUUGUUGCAAGAAUGUUAACGUUUUCAUUGUUUCAAUUUUUCUAUUUUAUCAGCUGUAGCUUCAGAGAUCUUUAUUGUAGUUUUGUAAACUUAUUGUAGUAAUUUCCCUUCUCUACAUGAACUACCGAGUUAUUUGUUGGUGGUGUUUUUCAUGCACACGCGAGCAAGAUGAUAUUUGCUGACACUGGAAAGUCGGUUGCAACGCCAUUGAGUAAACAAACUUCCUAUGGGAGAUGAUUAGGUUUGCUGUAGGUUUCCGCUAGAGUUUGAUUUCGAAAGAACGAACGGGAAAUGAGAUACUGAAGAUUGGUUUACGAAAACACGGUUAUUUUUACGUUCUGUCGAUUAUCUUAUCUGAUAGGUUUAAGUUUUUCAUUUAAUUACUCGUUUCCACUGCAUUCUAUGCUCAACAAAAUCGAACAAUGAAGAAUAUGUAGGUUAUUCCGUCCGAAGUUGAUCUUCGGUGAUCGAAUUUAGAAGAAAGAGGUUUAAAAAGAAAACGUGCAAAUCAAUUCUCUUUGGCAGCAUCGUGAAAACAGUUUUUGUACAACUGUAGGAAUUAAUCAUUAGGCUGAAUUAUAAGAACAUAGCCAGUAGGUUUGUAUAUCUAUUACAGAUUUAAAAACGACGAUAAGAGAAUUUGAAACAAAAUUGUUUCAUUUUAAGGUUGACUUUAUCACCCUUACUCUGAAUAACGACUUAUUGAUUUUUCGAUCGAAUUCCAGCUACCUUUGAUUUUGCUAGCGUUAUUGGGAAUACAAAUAAAAUACGAUCGAAAAAUCAAUUUUCAGCUAUUAAAAAAUUCAAACAAUUCUGCGGUUAGUCGAAACAUACAAGGCGGGAUGAAAAGAAACCAGUUUGGUAAUAAAAAAAAUUAUUUCAAUAAUUUUAUUCAAUGUAGUAUACACUUAAAGUAUUUUUUCGGAAGAUCUGACAGAAGUCCUAGACCGUCAAAACGCUUGAAUGAGGUAGGCGUUAUUGUAUUCUAAACCGUUUAUUUCAGCCAUGGUUGCUAUGCUUUUAUGUACCGGUGCAUUGCAUUGUAAAAACAAUUUAAGACACUACUGUACUAGCUACAAAUCGACGUCAAAAAUACACCGAAUUUCGUUUUUUCAAGGUCAUACACAAACAAAUUUCUUUUUUUUGUCACUGUGCGGAUUGAAAGCCUGUUAUCUGCGAAUCGUUACGAAAGUGUAGAAACCCAUACUUUACACUGUAAUCUGAAGGAACCCUAACAUUAGAUUAUUUUUCAACUUUUCCUUGGUUUCCUCGAUCUUUUUCUGAAUGUGGCGCAUUCAAGUUUUCCUCCCAUCUAAUAACCAACUCAGCAUACAGUUUAGUGAUCAAACACAAAUAGUUUGCAUUGUAAAUAAAUGCGGUUCAUAGCUCGUUCAAACAUAUAUUGAUCAAAGCAGAUGCUAAUAGCUUCAAUAUUUUUUGUUUGUUAACCUAUUAAUCGCUAAAGUUCGAUGUUCACGGUGCCAAACCUGUGAACAGUUUCGUAAGGAAAGCGACGUGUAAACAAGUGGUUAGGUCAGCCUAUAGCAUAUUACAAGCAGACAUACUCUCAAAUAUAUCAGAUAUAUAAACUUUGUUCAUCCAUUCACCUUUCAAACUCUUUAACAGAAAAUAUACUACAGAGAAAAACAUCUUUAAACUACCUCCUAACCAUACACAAACGUUCAUAAUUUGAUAGGUUUAAUUCAUAUUUCGUUCUAGAAUUUUUCUAAUGACAUGCUUGGAUUUGUAUAAAUGCAAGGAAAUUAAAAUUAAGGUUAAACUUGUCAUACCUUCAACGAUUUGUGUUUUAGUUUUUGUUAAGAAGUAGAGCCGUCUUGUGCUAGUUUUAAACAUGAUCAGUAUCUAAUGGGGAAAACAGAAUGGAAAAUUGGCAUACCUUGGUAAAACUAAAUUCGUUAAUAACUAUUCAUUUUGAAAUUGUGAUUCGUUUAGUUAUUUUACCCGAUCAACAUACUACAUUACGUUUUUAUGAACAAAAUUGCGGUAUGUUUACUGAACUAGAAAUCAAAGAGGUGCAGCUAAUAUCCUCAAUAAAUGUCUUUAUUCUAAAUUUUACGUUAUAACAGAUAUAUCAGAAGAUUAAAGAUAAAACUGAAAUAACCGUGCUACAAUGUGUGAAACUUUACUGUUUCAGAAUGCAUAAUAGAAUAAACAAUCACCCUAAUAACAGGGAAACUAAACGUG